AUGACUGCAACCAUGAAGAUCGAGCUCAAGGACGACUUUAUUGUCCUUCCUCACCCCGCAUCCAUGCAGUCUGAGACUCCCUCCGUCCCAGGCUCCCCCUUGACCGCUACCAUGAGCAUGGCUUCGCCCAGCCGCACCAUGUCCUUUGGUGGCGCAUCCUUUGCCUCAACCCUCCCUUCUUCCACCACCUCCGCUCGCUCCUCCUUUGAUCUUGAGCAAACCUCUUCUGCCCCCAUUUCCAUUUCGCCCGGCACUACCCUCCUCAAGGGCAACCUGGUCUUGACCCUCUCCAAGCCCACCAAAGUCGCCUCGCUGGCCAUUUCUCUUAAUGGCUCCACCCACAUUGCCUUCCUCGGACCCGGCAAGCGCGCCCACUCUUCUCGCCACUUCUUCCGCACCCAGCAAUUCCUGAUCGAGCCCCGCGCCAACUCUGAGAUUUACACUCAGCUGCCCAAGGACACCAUCUCCUACCCCUUUGCGAUCGAGCUCCCCAACAGCUUGCCUUCGUCUGUGUCGACCCCUCACGGCGGCACUGUCUACCGCAUGACUGCAGUCUUGUCCAUUGCCAAGAGCUCCAGCAUCAUGUCGUUCUUGUCCAACGGUACCACCGUUGUGACCUCAGCCUCUGUUCAGCUGUACCGUGCUCCUCGUAUCUUUGAGACUGAAACUGACGGCGAUGAACAAGAAUUGGAAUGUGGGGCCGAGUUUGCCGGCGUUGACGGUGUGACCGAGACGGACCAUCCCGAGACUGUUGACGCGAACGAUCACGAGAUUGUUCCUGCAACGGUCAAGCAUACCUGGGCUGGCCAGGUUGAGGCCACUGUUGCCAUCCCCUUCACCCGCCUUCCUCCUCAGGCCAAGCCCGAUCUGCACAUCCGCGUCCGUGUCUUGCGUGGGGGUUUGAACAUCAAGUCGUUGCAAGCUGCUAUUUGGGAGCGAGCCAUUUUCCGAGUUCAGAAGGCUGGCUCCCCUCCUGGCAGCAAGAAGUACAUUAUGGGCGUCCGUGAACGCGCUGUCUGCGCCCAACGAUGUGACUCUGGGUGGCAGAACGAGUCGAUUACAGGACAGGUCCCUCACACUUUCGAGAAAAUAGUUAUCUUCUCGAUCCCGGCCGCCGCUCGAACCAACAAGGAGCUGUACUCUUCUCGCAGCUGCAACCCUUCGACUUACUCCAACCUGGCCAACCGCAUGAAGAACGAACGCUUCUACCACUACAACCCCCAGCGUGGUCAGCACUCCAAGAAGGAAAUGGAGAUUGAUGAUUCCGAGUUUGGCGAGAUAUCCGUCGAGAUCCAGCACUUUAUCCGCUAUUCGCUCUUUGUGACAGGAUCGGUCGACCAGACAGGAAAGACCGUCCCCACUCCUGUCGAGCGCGUUCUCGGAUCGGUUCCCGUAAUCGUCUUGGGAGUUCCCUCAGGACCCCAGUGUGACCUUACCGGACUUCCGACCUACUUGUACUCGUUCUCGACCUCGCGUGUCUCGUUCGAGGAGGCUCUUGAUUACGAGCUCGAGGCUGCGGCCGCUGUAGGAGCUGGAGGGAACGAGUUUGGGGAGGACUUUGAUGGAUCUCGUGUCGGUCCUCUCUACGGCGCCUAUGAGGAUGACGACGCCUUUAUGUCUAUGAUGGGCCUCCGCGGCAGUCGAACUCCUCCUAGUUACGAGGACACUAUCGGUCGCCCUUCGCUGGAUGCCUCAGUCUUGGAGAUGCAGGAGCAUCGCUUAUUAGGAUCGUCAUCCUCUCGUACGGCCGACAACUCAGGAGUGCCACCCUAUAGCGUCCUUGGUCUUACUCGCUAA